GCUGCCCUGAACUCAGCGCCGAGCGCCUCUCACCAAGUCUUCCAAGAUGAGCUACACGCUGGAGCCUCUAAGCAACCCGUCUUACCGGCGGGUGGCCGACAGCCGGACCACCUUCAGCCGGGCCAGCAUGUCGCCUUCCAGCGGCUUCAGGUCCCAGUCGUGGUCGCGGAGCUCCCCCAGCACCGUCUCUUCGUCCUACAAGCGCAACCUGGGCGCGGCGCGGGCUUCCUACGGCUCGACGGUGCUGAGCUCUUCCGAGAGCCUGGAGCUGAGCCAGUCGUCGCUCUUCAACGGCGGCGGCGGCGGCGGAGGCAGCGGCGAGCUGAAGCUGAGCCGCUCCAACGAGAAGGAGCAGCUGCAGGGCCUCAACGACCGCUUCGCCGGCUACAUCGAGAAAGUGCACUCGCUGGAGCAGCAGAACAAGGAGCUGGAGAACGAGAUCGCGGCGCUGCGGCAGAAGCAGGCGGGCCGCUCUCAGCUGGGCGACGCCUUCGAGCAGGAGCUGCGGGAGCUGCGCUGCGCUCUCGAGCAAGUCAACCACGAGAAGGCGGCGCUGCAGCUCGACUCGGAGCACCUGGAGGAGGACAUCCAGCGCCUCAAGGAGCGCUUCGAGGACGAGGCGCGCCUCCGGGACGACACCGAGGCCAUCAUCCGCGCUCUGCGCAAGGACAUCGAGGAGUCGUCCAUGGUCAAGGUCGAGCUGGACAAGAAGGUGCAGUCCUUGCAGGACGAAGUGGCUUUCCUCCGCGGCAACCACGAGGAGGAGGUGGCCGACCUCCUAGCCCAGAUCCAGGCCUCGCACGUCACCGUCGAGCGCAAGGACUACCUGAAGACAGACCUGUCGUCCGCCCUGAAGGAGAUCCGCUCCCAGCUCGAGUGCCACUCCGACCAGAACAUGGUCCAGGCCGAGGAGUGGUUCAAGUGCCGCUACGCCAAGCUCACCGAGGCCGCCGAGCAGAACAAGGAAGCCAUCCGCUCGGCCAAGGAGGAGAUCUCCGAGUACCGACGGCAGCUCCAGGCUAAGAGCAUCGAGCUCGAAUCCGUCCGCGGCACCAAGGAGUCCCUGGAGCGCCAACUCACCGACAUCGAGGAGCGCCAUAACCACGAUCUCUCCACCUACCAGGUAGGCGCGGGGAGGGGGGUCUGGUGGUGGGCGUGGCUUGGGGAGGGGGCAGUGAUGCUCUCCACCUGCCAUCUGCGGCUGCCUACAUUUGUUUCCAUGCAAAAUGCAAUGGGGGCGGUCAGGAGACGGUGCGCCUCAAGGGGCGGGGCAAGCCCCCCGCCCGUAAGUAGUUCUACCCCGCCCUUCCCAGCUGCAGGAUCCCUGCAGUUACUUGAAGGAAGGGCACUUUCCAAGGAAAUUCCAACUGAAUCAAAAACUGAGCUUCAAAAUAAGACUUGCUCAAAACUUAACUCCAUUGGAAUCGAUAACUUCGGGGAAAGGCAUUCAUGAUCGGCACCUUAAUGUGAAAAAAAUACUCUUUGCUCUUUCAGAAAUGUGAAAUGUGAUUUGACCCUUCUGUGCCCCAAUACGUGCCAUUGAAAGUGAAAAGGGGAGUCUUUUAACAUUUGAGCCACACCACACCCUCAAAAUGAAGCAGAUUUCAGAGAGUAGGUGAUCCAUGGACGUAGCCAGGAUUUAUGUUAGGGGGCAAGCUUCAUGUUAGGGGGGCAAAAUACCCCCAUGGGGGGAUCCCAACUGACUCUAUGCAAAAUGAAUGGAAGGGCCAGGAAAUGUUCUUCAGCUUCUUGUCUUUUACCAAAGGGAGAGGGCCAUAGCUCAGGGACAAAGCUUCACCUUUGCCUCAUGUUCAAUCUCCAGGGUGGGAAUGCCCCCUUGUUUCAAACCCUGGAGUGUCACCCCUAGUCAGUGAGACAGUGCUAAGCAAGAUGAAUCCAGUGGUCUGACUCAGCAUAAGGCAGCUUCCUAUGUACUUCAGUCCUAAGGGAUACCUUGAUUGCAUUGGCGAAUGUGUGUUAGUUGGAAUGGGGAAAUGAUGCUACAAAAUACAUAAUGGAAAUAUUUAUUUUGGUUUUGUUUUUUUAAAGUGGAUAAUAAGUGUUUUUUUUCUUGCCAGCAAAGUGCUACUCCGAGAAGAGGAAGGGAUGGGUGGGGGGGAGCCAUCCCACAACUUGCUCUAAGCUCCACUCCUCUAAAUGGCAGAGCAGAGAUGGGAAAGAUUCUGCCUGCCUAGUCCCAUACAAAAUGCAGCUCCCCAAAUGAGAAAGGAGGGGUCCUACUUGCUUCCAUGCAGGAUGGAAUCAUCCACUUCCAAACAGCUCUCUGGUAAAAAAUAAAAUAAAGCGUUUUCUAGGAGUGUAGGAAAGUAUUGUGCCCUACGGCAAGACUGACUUUGGAAUGAAGGAUGCUAAACUUAGCCUGAAAGAAGUGUCACUUUGGAAGUUCUUGUGAUAGCUCUGGAACUCCAUUCACCAACCAUAAGCAUCCCUGAUGCAGAACAUCCCAUAACUGAUGCACUGCAGAACUACCACAUGAAGAAGUGAAAAAAAUUUGCAUAUGCUGCUUCCCAAAGUUGUUAGUAGUACCAAUAAAAAAUGAAUGUGUUGUGGCAAUGCAGUUUAAAAAUUGAUCCUUUGAUGACAACCUGAGCUGCAAAGCAUGACCUUUACCAUAGUUCUUUCUGAUCCAGUGGUACUGGAUAUAAUUUAAUGUUCCAGAGCAUAGUAACUGACUAAAAGCAGCAACAACGUCCUGGGGAAAAUUGCUAUCAAGAACUGCUGGCUGUUAUUAUUACAGUAUUAGCAUUUCUGAAAAUUUAAAUAAAAUGCAACUCACAAUAAAGUGUGUAUGAAGAAAUUCAAUAAAGAAUAGGAAUUCUGAUCAACAGCAUUGUGUAAAAUCAAACUAGGCUCACAUAAUUUCUGCAACAAAAACUCAAUGUAUUUGAAAUAAUAUUUUAUUGGUAUUUAUUUUUCUUAAUAAUCAUUAUUUGACAAGGAACCUUUUCUCAUAGCAUGGGGAAUCUGUGGGAAUCCAGAUGGACUUUUGCAGAAUGAUUCAUCAUAAAAUUUAGAGAAGGCUCACACAGCAGUGGGGUGCUGUGUUUUGUAUGCCGAUAAUUAAAGGUUAUAUUUGCUGCAAAAUGCAAGCACCACUGCAGCCACCAUUCUGCAUCAGUGUCUGCUGAACUUCAGCAAUGCAGAAGCUAAAAGUGCUGAGCAGAUUUUCUGAUAGAGCUGAUCAGUGCAAAAGGCAAAUCCCAGAGUGCCUGCUUUGGGAUAGGAAGAUGGAUUCUGAGCUUGAAUUCUAUACUCUAUAGACUAUAUGUGAACACAAUUCCAUUACCCCCACCUGGGCAAAUCACAAAGCUUAAAGUGGCUUUGGCUAACAUGAUUGCAGUGAGGACCAGUGCUUGCAUUGAAUUAACUGCCAUGGAGGUGACUAUGGAUAAAAAUAAGAUGAGCAAGCAACAAAAAGCAAUCUGAGAUGGAUCUCUCUGCCAAGUGCACCCCAAACUUCUGCAAUGCAGAACUUGAUGGCACCAGGGAAGUCAUAAAACCACCCUUCCAGUGCAAGAGGCAGCCCUCAAAGAUUUCCACUGAUAAAGGAACUUGCGCACUGCAGAAUGAUAUUGGACAGAGCAUCUGAAAAAUACUUGAAUCCCUCUAAAAUAAAUAUUGGUUAGGGAAAAAGCAAAUCAAUAAACAGACCAAGUAAACCUUAUUUUUAUGGUGCAAAAUGAGGCAAUGCAGAAUUGCAUAAUGUGAUCAAAGUCCAGACAUGAAAGCGAGCUUGUACUGCCUUCUAUCUCAGCCUAUUUCUAAUGCCCCACAGAUAGCAAAAGCUCUUGUGACUUAUCCAUUUGAUUGCAAUGUGCUUUUUGUCCAGUAUAGGAUUCAGAUAUGUAAAUAACAUAGCAAAAAUGUAUCUUGCAGUGCAAACUUGAAACCAACAUUGAAUUUGAUGAGACCGCUCGAGGGUAUUAUCCCAAGACAACAGAGUGGUUUUUGUUUCCAGAUAUUUAACCAUUUAUCCACCAAAUACUUACUGCUAUGAAAAAUGUUGUAGAAAAUACGACCUUAGGCUGCACAUCCCUCAUCCAUAAAAAAUAAUGCUUUCGGUGCAACAAAACUGCACUGAACUCGAUGGGAUUUCAUUCUAAUGUAAUUGUGUGGAUGAAAACAGCCAUUGCCACCCAUGCUUGAGUCAAAGGCACCCUUCUCCACCCAUACAAGGGAGGGGGUUGCAUGAGGUUCUCCCCUCUCCAGCUGCAGCCCCUGAGGGCACACCCUGGAAAACUGCUUCAGACCCCUAGAAGUGACUUUGUAGGAGGGCUGCAGGAACUUCCACCACAAGGGGAAUAGAACAGUCUCUCACAUAAGCAACCUUACUGCUUGCUAAAGUCAAUAGGCUUAGAAGUGAGCUAGUGAUGUGCAAUUUUAGUCUUAAGAGACAAAUACUGGCAACAUUUCCCAACAAUUUUCCUAUAGAUAUUGCUUUUUAAGUAGAGUAGUAUCUAGAGCAAUCAACCCACGUAAGCGUUUUGGCAUCAGAUUGCUGCAGAUCUAGUUAACUCAAUGGAUUUAGACUCUGAGCUUUUAAAUCAAUUGCAUAGUUAGACUCAAGUAAAUUACUAUAUUUUGCUGCUGGCCUCAAAUAUUGGAGCUGAGCCCAAAUUUCUCAAAAGAUUUUUUUAUUGAGAAAACUUUUGAGAGUUUACUUUUUCUCAUUUCUCCACUAGAAAAAGAUCACUUUACAUAAUUUUCUGCACUUGAACACCAUCAUUUAAUUUAUUUAUUGCCCUGAAAAUUAAUAAAUAAACUGUCCUAAUGGUGAGCCCCAACCCUAAUAAAUUGUUGCAAUCUUUUCCUCUUCCUCUAGAGAAAUUGAGAGAACUGCCUACCCCUCACCAUUUCUCAUCCCACAAAUAAAGUGAAGAAUUUCAAGUUGCCAUUUCUACACAGCCUUAACAAAUACACAAUUUUACCUAAACUUUUAAAUAAUUAUAUUGUUCUGUUUAACAAAGGUGUGGAUACUAAAGAACGCUAGAGUAGGCUGCUAGGCUGCAGUGUUCCUACCACUGACUUUGGAGCUAAUUUCCAUAAUUCAGAAGGUGCAUUUUGAAGCACAAGGAUUGCAUGUUUUUUGUGGGAAGUACAGAAAGUUGGGAAAUUAAUUUUUUCUUCUCAUAGGUCAGUGUGAUUCACAGCUUGGUUAAGCAAAAUAGAGAAAUACAAAUUGAUGAAGUCCAAUUUCCAAAACUGACUUACAUUUAAGUAUAUUGUCUUAACCAGGUUCCAGUUUUUACCUAGUAAUUUUAAGAGGCAAUCUUAAAUAAAUGAUAACAAUAGCAAACUGAAAUAUUGAUGUUGUGUAGAAUGUGCUUCUGGUUUUCAGAUUGUAAAUACAGAGUACUAGGAGCAGGAAUAGGCUACUGGUGUCCUUCAUGACUUUGCUCUAGAUUUCUCUCUUAGAAGUUAAUCCAAAACAGAAUUUCUCACAGCAUAGAUAUUUCUAGUUUUGAUUACUUUAGUCUAUAAGAAUGGUUGAUAUGGAGAUUGAGGGGGAGAAUUUUCAUCAACUUUUCAGUAAUCCCAUAAAGUUCAGUAAUCCCAUAAGGAUCCUCUCGGUAUUUCACACAAGAAUAGCAAUUUACUACCAUCCUUCCCAGUCUAGUGGUCUCUGGGACUUAGUUUUCUGGGGGCUCACAACCUAUGAGCUUUUUAUUGCUGUAAGAAAAGAGAUCUUUAGGUAAUUGGAUCUCAUCUAGUAUUGGCUGGUCAAGUUGAGGAAAUGGGAGACCCUCACAACCUAGGCCACUUCUUCAGGAGUUGAGGAGCCCAAUUCAAGCUUCACUUAUCCCAUCUCCCAUAGUUCAAUCACUCUUCCAUCCAUGUCCUCCUCAUAAAUAUUGAAAACUUUUGUAUGUUGUCAGGUAUAUGCUGGUAAUUAAGAAAAUACUCUUCUGUAACAGUUGAUCUCUCUCUCUCUCUCUCUCUCUCUCUCUCUCUCUCACACACACACACACACACACACACACUGUAUGGCUUUAUGUAUUCUUAUUGUGAACUGCUCUAAUAUUUCUUUCUGAAUAACAGUAGAUAUAUAGUUUAAUAAAUAAAUAAAGUGCUUUAUUCACCACUGCACUCCUAUUUACAUUUUGCUUGUAACUAUCCUAAAUAACUGCCUGUGUCUUGGUUGCAGGAUACAAUUCAACAACUGGAAAAUGAAUUGAGAGGCACAAAAUGGGAGAUGGCUCGUCAUUUGAGGGAAUACCAGGAUCUCCUCAAUGUCAAGAUGGCUCUUGAUAUUGAAAUUGCCGCAUACAGGUAUAGUGAACAGAAUGCCGACGUGGCUGAUUUAGGAAUUGCACUGCAGAUGUUUUUAAGUUCCAGUAGCAGCAGCAACAACAACAAAACCCCACAGAGCUAAUCUUUGAAUCCCACAAGGCAUUGUUGACAAAUAAGCAAGGCACUUUGCCAGAUUCUUAGCACAAUUUGAAACCUGGGCAAUAACGUUCUGCUUUGUGCUGUAGAGUUUCAGCAGAAAAGACGUUAGCAGGGUAACAUACCAAAGAUCAGUGGACAAAUUGAUAGGGGAAUUGAUGGUGAUUAUUAUGGUUAGUAAUGGUGGUGAUAAAUAAACAAACCACUUAAUGCCAAAACAAACAAAAAAACCCUGGUCUUCACCUGGUGCCGAUAAGACUAUGGCAUGGAUGCUGGACACACCUUUUCGGGGAGAAUAUUCCAUAACUGGGGUGCUGCCAUGGAGGUGAGGGGUCUUUUAUCCUUUUCUUCAUCAGCAUUUCCCCCCUUAAAAUUUACAGUCAAUAAUACAAGCAAGAAUGUGAAAUUAAGCUGAAAAUGCAAAGCUUUCCCUAUCGAUUAUAAUUUUCCAUUUAAUUUCUAAUUUCUUAAUACACCAUCAUAUUUGCAUUGCUUUUGUAACAUGGCAAAGAGAGAGAUAAUUUAAGCUUAUGAAAUACUCCAAAAGGAAAUGCUAAAGUACAAAUCUUUUUCAGUGGGAGAUGAGCAGACUAGAAAUGACUACUAAUUCAGUUGGUAGACUAUGCAAAUGUCAUCCAACCCUGAUCCACAGUAAAAGUAUAAUAAGCAAUCAAUGACAACUUCCUGCCUUUCUCAUCCAAAUUCUACUUCCUGAAAUCAUGAAAUGACUUGGCCCGCAUAUAUUGUUUCAUACAUUUACCAAGAAACAAAAUUCGGAACAUAGGAAACUGCCUUAUGUUCAAAGCAAUGGUCCAUUAGCCUAGAAUUGUCUGCACUGACUAGCUGCAUCACAGCCACAAUAGUACUCCUCAUCCAGAACACUGCAUAGUUUUGGAAGCAGCAUUGUCUGCUGUGUUCAUAGGGACAUAGAAAGCUGUCAGACCAUCUAACUCAGUACUGUCUACACUGACUGGCAGAGGCUCUCCAGGGUUUCAGGCAGGGUCCUCUCCCAGCCCUACCUGGAGACUGAACCUGGGACCUUCUGCAUACAAGGUGGAUGUUCUACCACUGAGCUAUGUUCCUUCCCCAGAGGACACUUAAGAUUUAAUAAUGCAAAAAUGCUAAAUAUUGAAACAACACAUUUUAGAUUGAUGGAGUAUAGUUCUUCUAUGCUUGCCCAUAUCUCUUACAAAUAUUUUAUUGCUAUGUGCAUUCCUGGAUUUAAAUAAUGCUAAGGGAAAAAACAAUACGUUCGACCAAAGUAAAUAUUAGUCCUGAGAUUUAAAUACUCACUUAAAUUUUUUCUGUUAUUAUUUUUCCUUUGUUUCACUGUCCAGGAACAUGUGUGUGUGUGUGUGUGUGUGUGUGUGUGUGUGCACGCGCGCUAGUUGUCCACAGGACAGAAAGCAGCUAUCUAAAGGCAGUAUUAAUUCGUCCUUAGGUUAUAUACUGAAAUAUAUUUAUAUAAGCUAAACUUUAAGCACUCACUCACUGAAAUCAAUGAAAUAUGAAAGUUAAGCCCAUGGUUAAAUUUCUCUCAUUGAAAUUAGUGGAGCUUAAAUUUGGCAUUAUCAUGUCCCAUGUAUGUGAACAACCCUUUGAAGUAAAUAUAGAGAAUUUAUAGUCUUAUAUGCAAUGGCCCUUUAAAAAGCAACACAAAUAUUUAUCCUUCAGUAGGCAAUCAUAGAAUUUUAGUAAGAGAGCACUAUUUGUGGACAAUGCUCUACAAGUUAUGCAUAGCUAGAAAAAUGUCCAUCUAAUGAUGGAAUGUGUAUGAAGAAGCUUAGCUGGUCAUUGUUCACAUUGAUUCUUGAUGCUUUCCUUCCAAAUUUGCUAGUCUUGUCCCUUAGUUGCUAGGCAGGCAAUUGGUCUGAGAGGAGAGAGUGUAUUGGUGUGGCAGUUGAUGAUGUUACAAAUGCAUUGAUAGGCCCCUAAAGAAGGCCCAGUAUGAAAGGGGCAUUUUCUCCUAAAUGAAAGUCUGCAGCUUCCCCCAAAUACAAUGUAUUUUCUCCCCAUUCCUCUAGGUCAGGGUUGGGGAACCUUUGACUCUCCAGAUGUUUCUGAACCACAACUCCCAUAAGCUCCAGUAAGCAUAGCCAAUGGCCAAGGAUGAUGGGAGCUGUAGUUCAAUACCAUUUGAUAACCACAGGUUCCCCAUCCCUUAUCUGGGUUUUGUGUUGGUACCUUUUCCAUUUAUGUCAGCAAUUUAGUUCAGAAGGAGAAGAUGGGCUGACAGGUUUGCAGGGUGUGGGAUGCUAUUUGAUAGUUUAACAAGCUAGAAGCAAUUUGCAGUUACUCAAAAUAGUUUUUAAAAUCUAUCAUAGCUACUUACAGAGGUGCUUGUUCAUUCAAAAAUUCAUCUUGAAAUGUUAGAGAUGGAUGUUAAUUCCUCCCUCUUCUUUCCCUAGGAAACUUCUUGAGGGUGAAGAAACAAGAUUCAGUGCCUUCUCUGGAAGCAUCACUGGUCCAACAUUUACACAUAGGCAACCUUCAGUAACAAUAUCAUCUUCCAAAAUACAAAAAUCCAAAGUUGAACCUCCAAAGCUAAAGGUCCAGCACAAAUUUGUAGAAGAAAUUAUUGAAGAGACAAAAGUUGAGGAUGAGAAGUCUGAACUGGAUGAGGCCCUUGCAGCUAUGGCUGAAGAACUGGCUGCUGGAACAGCACCAGAAGAACAGGAAGAGGAGGAGGAAGCUGUAGAGGAAGAAAUUAUAGCCAAGGAAGAGGCCAGAGUUGAAGCAGCAGCUCCAGAAGCUGAAGAAGAAGGAGAAGGAGAAGAGGAGGGUGAGGAGGAGGGCGGUGAGGAAGAUGAAGGUGCAAAGUCUGAUGAGGCAGAAGAAGGAGGCUCUGAAAAAGAAGAAGAAAAGAGUGAAAAGGAAGAGGGUGAGGAAGAAGCAGAGGAGGAGGAAGAAGCAGGGGAGGGAGAAGCUGGAGCUGAAAGCAAGGAAGAAAAAGAAGCAGAGGAAGAAGGUGAAGAGGUGGAAGAAACCAUUGCACCAGAGAAAGUAGAGAAGACCAAAGCAUCUCCGCCUAAAUCUCCUGCAGCAGAAGAAGCAGAGGAUGAUAAAGAAGCUGAAAGUGAAGAGCAAAAGGAGGAGGAGCAGGAAGGCGAAGAAGAGGAGAAGUCCACCUCCCCAGCAAAGGCAGGUUCUCCUGAGAAAGCAGGGACACCAGAGAAAGCAUCUCCAGAGAAAGCUGGGACACCUGAGAAAGGGUCUCCUGAAAAACCAGCAACUCCAGAGAAAGCAGGGACUCCGGAGAAAGGGUCUCCUGAAAAACCAGCAACUCCAGAAAAAGCAGGGACUCCGGAGAAAGCAGCCUCUCCAGAAAAAGCAGGGACUCCGGAGAAAGCAGCCUCUCCAGAGAAAGCAGGGACUCCGGAGAAAGCAGCCUCUCCAGAGAAAGCAGCCUCUCCAGAAAAAGCAGGGACUCCAGAAAAAGCUGGGACUCCAGAAAAAGCUUCAUCUCCAGAAAAAGCAGGGUCCCCUGUGAAGGAAGUGGAAGAGACCAUCUCAGUCACUAAGGCAGCAAAAGUUGGUACAGAGAAGGAUUCCAAAGAAGAGAAGACAGAAACAAGUGAGAAAGCAUCAAAAGAGUCCACCAAAGAAGACAUAGCAGUGAAUGGAGAGGUCGAAGAGAAGAGUGAAGAAAAAGAAGACUCCAAGGCAAAACAAGUAGAGGAGGAAGACAAAGGGGUGGUGACCAAUGGCCUAGACAUAAGCCCCUCUGAGGAAGAGGAGAAGAAAGGGAAGAGUGAAGAGAAAGUCAUGGUAACCAAAAAAGUUGAGAAAUUCACUAGUGAAGGGGAUGAUGGGACGACCACAUACAUCACAAAGUCUGUGACUGUCACCAAGAAGACAGAAGAGCAUGAGGGGACGGUUGCAGAGAAGUUGGUGUCCACUAAGAAGGUAGAGAAGGUCACUUCUUCACAUGCCGUAUUGAAAGAAGUUAAGGAGAGUGACUAA